GAAGUGCCGUCCAUUUUUUUUUAGGAUUAUAUUGCCAGUCGGCAUUGCAUCAAAUCCACGAGAAAGUCAAUAAUUGGUAACUGCCAGGGGCGGAGGGCCCAGUAUGGCCUACGCCAUAUCUCGGCCCAUACAAACACCAGCCCAUAGAUUACCCAUACAGCAGCCCACCACGUAAGAAACAGUCCAGCCCAGCUGGUGCCGUUCGCUUGGUGCUUCCUCCCUCAGCGCCGUUGUCCUUUGACCCGGCGCGGCGGUGCCCAACCUCGCUGCUCGUCCGACGCCCGUACGUCGCCCUUCGCGUCCUCCCUCCUUACUCCCUCGCCAAGUCGCCCGACGAUGGAUCUGCCGCGACCCCAGGCUCCCUGUUGUCGGCGCCCUGCAGACCUACGUCCUGCCCCCUGCUGCAUCGAUGCGCCCAGGCCCAGCGACCUGCGCGGCUGCGCCCCGGCAGCCGGCGCCCUAUGGAAACCCUCCGCUUCGUAUCCCCGUGCUGCCGUGCCGCCAGCCUCCGUGAGGGACUCGUCGUGGGGGUAUCAUACAAUAACGAGGCACCCGAAGCACCACCAUCUAUCAAACAAAAUGGGGUGACCGCUGUACAGGGAGAAAAUCUCCACGACAUCAGUGUCCGCGGAGAGGAGGAUGAGCAGAAAGAGAUGCUGCAGCAAAUGACUGACGGAGUCAGAGCAAUGCUGGGCUCAAUAGGUGACGGUGCGAUCAACAUUUCUGCCUACGACACCGCAUGGGUUGCCCUUGUUAAGAGCCUGGAAGGUGGCAAUGGCCCUCAGUUUCCCUCCAGCCUUAGAUGGAUCGUUGAGAACCAACUACCAGAUGGCUCGUGGGGCGACGAGGAGUUCUUCCUGGUCUAUGACCGCAUGAUCAACACUCUGGCCUGUGUGAUUGCACUUGAGUCGUGGGAAAUCCAUGCUGACAUGUGCGAGAAAGGUUUGUCAUUCAUUCGAGAGAAUUUGUGGAGGCUAGAGCACAGUGGUUCAGAUGACUGGAUGGUCGUUAGUUUCGAGAUAACCUUCCCCCAGCUGCUGGAGAUGGCAAGAGACUUGGGUCUCGACGUGCCCUGCGACGAGCCAUCCCUGCGAGCUAUCUAUGCAAGGAGAGACGCAAAGCUCGCAAGAAUCCCUAAAGAAUUACUGCACGCUUCACCGACAACUCUGCUUCUGAGCAUAGAGGGAAUGCCGGGCUUAGACUGGGAGAGACUACUGAAACUCCAGUGCUCCGAUGGUUCGUUCAUGUCAUCGCCUGCACCCACAGCCUACGCUCUCAUGCAGACCGGCGACACGAAAUGCCUCGAGUUCCUCAAUGGAAUCGUCAGCAAGUUUAGCGGGGGAGUGCCCUUUACCUACCCUGUGGAUCUGUUCGAGCACUUAUGGGUAGUGGACAGGAUAGAGCGGCUGGGCAUAGGGAGGCACUUCACAGGUGAAAUCAAGGAGUGCCUAGAAUACGUACACAGGUACUGGGGCGACGAAGGCUUGCCCGCCACGAGGGACGGUCCGGUCUCAGAUGUCGAUGACACGGCCAUGGGGUUCCGUCUUCUCCGACUGCAUGGCUACGAUGUCUCUCCUUCUGUGUUUAAGCACUUCGAGCAGGACGGGGCGUUCUACUGCUACCCAGGGCAGUCGAACAAAUCCGUGACUGCUAUGUACAACCUCUACCGCGCUUCUCAGGUGGCCUUUCCAGGCGAGGAUGAGCUCCGACGCGCUGAGGCAUACAGCCGUGAGUUCCUCUGCCGCAGACGAGCCUCCGGGGAGCUCAAAGACAAGUGGGUCAUCCCCAAGGACUUGCCUGGCGAGGUCGCUUACGCACUGGACGUGCCGUGGAAAGCUAGCCUGCCGCGCAUCGAGACGAGGAUGUAUCUGGAGCAGUACGGUGGUGCCGAUGACGUGUGGAUUGGGAAGGUCCUGUACAGGAUGUCUCUCGUCAACAACGAGCUCCUCCUCCGGACAGCUCAAGCCGACUUCAGAAGUUUCCAGAGACAAUGCAAGCUCGAGUGGCAUGGCCUCAGAAAAUGGGCCAGCAGGAGAAACCUCCAAGCAUACGGCGUGACGUCGAACAGCACGCUGCGAUCCUACUUCUUAGCCGCAGCCAGCAUCUUUGAGCCAGACAGAGCGACAGAGCGUCUGGGAUGGGCUCGCACGGCGGUGCUCGCCGAGGCCGUCUCCUCCUGCCUCCGAGACGGUCGUUGUAGCCGUGCCGACGGCAUGCUGAGGGAACUGACCAGCGGCAUCCACCUACGCAACGACGAUAAUCCGGCAGCCAGCUUGGUGCAUGCUCUCCAUGAGCUCAUUGGCCUCCUUGCAUUCGACAAUGCUUCCUACAACAGCCUUCUUGAUGCCUGGAAGCAAUGGCUCGCCAUGUGGACCGCCCAGGGACACGAAGGGAGCGUAGCGCUGCUGCUGGUUCGCACAGUGGAGAUAUGCUCCGGCCGGAGGCGUAGCGCCUCUGCCACCGACGAUGGCCAAGCACACAGCCUCUCCGAGUACUCCCAGCUCGAGCAGCUCACGUCCUCGGUAUGCAGCAAGCUUGCUGCAGCAGGCACCGGAGAUGGAGACGACCUUUCCCCGGCAAGUGUGGAGGACGCAGCAGAUCGCCACCGUGUGGAUCUGGAGAUGCAGACGUUGGCUCGGUGCGUUCUCCGGAGCCGCAGCAGUAUCGACGCAGUGACCAGGCAGACGUUUCUCCAUGUCGCGAGGAGCUUCUAUUACGUCGCUCAUUGCUCAGCUCGAACGGUUGAUGCCCACAUCUCCAAGGUCUUGUUCGAGGAUGUCGUGUAGCCACCGUUUGGGCCUCGUUUUGUAUCUUUAAAGCAGUGUUUGGUUCCAGCCAGAUUUAGUCUCGGCCAAAUCAAAUGUUUGAAUGGUAAUUACAUGUAUUAAAUAUAGUCUAAUUAUAAAACUAAUUACAUA